AUGUUGAGUAAACAAUUCAUUCGUGGUUUCAAAUCGUCACCAAUUGUUAAAAACUAUGCAUCAACAAUUCCAAACUUGAAAGUUACCAAGGAUACUAAGGUUAUCUACCAAGGGUUCACUGGUAAACAAGCUACUUUCCAUGCUGAACAAGCUAUUGCUUAUGGAACACAAGUUGUUGGUGGUAUAAAUCCUAAAAAGGCUGGUCAAACCCACUUGGACAGACCAGUUUUCGCCACUGUUGCUGAAGCUAUGAAGGAAGCUGGUGCAACUGCUAGUGGUAUCUUUGUUCCACCACCACUCGCUGCAGGUGCUAUUGAAGAAGCAAUCAGUGCUGAAAUUCCAUUGGUUGUUGCUAUUACCGAAGGUAUCCCACAAAAAGAUAUGGUUAGAAUUGCCCAAAUUUUAAAGAGUCAAGAUAAGACCAGAUUAGUUGGUCCAAAUUGUCCUGGUUUGAUUGCCCCAGAUCAAUGUAAGAUUGGUAUUAUGCCAUCCAAUAUACACAAGAGAGGUAAGGUAGGUGUCAUCUCGAAAUCUGGUACCUUGACUUAUGAAGCCGUUGCUCAAACUACUGCUGUUGGCUUAGGUCAAUCUUUGGUUAUUGGUAUGGGUGGUGAUCCAUUCCCAGGUACCAACUUUAUUGAUGCAUUGACUUUGUACUUGAAUGACCCAGAGACCGAAGGUAUUAUCUUGAUUGGUGAAAUCGGUGGAAGUGCCGAAGAAGAAGCCUCUGAAUUUUUGAAACAACACAAUUUGACUAGACCAGAAGGUGCUAAGCCAGUUGUUGGUUUUAUUGCUGGUGUCUCCGCUCCACCAGGUAGAAGAAUGGGUCAUGCUGGUGCUAUUGUUGCCGGAGGUAAAGGUGAUGCCAAAUCCAAGAUUGCCGCUUUGGAAUCCGCUGGUGUUGUUGUUGAAAAAUCUCCAGCAAGAUUAGGACACUCCUUAUUGGCCGAGUUCAAAAACAAAAACUUAUUGUAA